GUGCACGUCUCUGGAAAUCUUGGUCAAGUUGGUUUUCUGUCACGACCACAGUUCAGUGACCAAGGCAGAGAGAGAGAGACCAUGGAGACCAGGGACGCCGUUUUCAUGGCAACCGAGGGACGGCGAGCAAAGGCGUCCAAAUAACGAAAUGGACUGAAAACGCGGAAGUGAAUGGUGAUGACGUUCGAUGUUUAGCUGCCACAAAAAGCUGAUCAUGGCGUAAUGUUGGUGUAUGUCUGGUGAAAACAGUAGCGUUUUUCCUAACCAAAGCAAGCUCCUUUCAGCUCAAAAUGUUCAAAGGUUGGGGUACGUGGCUAGGCCUCGAUGGUGCCACAACACCGUCAGAAGGGGUUGAUCAACCCACUGAUGUUGUCGAAAAAGAGAGAGAAACUUCACCUGAUGUGCUGGACAGCGAGGUAAACAAGGAAAAUUCAAAUGUAACGUUAGACGAGGAAGGUGAAAACGGUGACCAACAACUCUUGCAACAAACAAAGGGGUUUAGUGGUUACAUUCUCAACUUUGCCAGCAGUGCAACCAAGAAAAUAACUGAGUCUGUAGCGGAGACAGCUCAGACGAUCAAGAAAAGUGUAGAAGAGGGGAAAAUUGAUGGCAUUAUUGAUAAGACCAUACUGGGAGACUUUCAAAAAGAGCAACAGAAGUUUGUCCAAGAGAAGAAUGCAAAAAGGAGUGAUGUUGCUGUUCCACCGUGGGUUGGUUACAAUGAGGAGGAAACCAUUCAGCAGCAAAUAUUGGCCUUAUCAGCUGACAAGAGGAAUUUCUUGAGGGAUCCCCCUGCUGGGGUUCAGUUUCAUUUUGAGUUUGAUCAGAUGUUCCCUGUUGCCUUGGUAAUGCUGCAAGAAGAUGAACUGUUGAAUCGGAUGCGCUUUGAUCUUGUCCCCAAACAUGUGAAGGAGGAGGUCUUCUGGAGAAAUUACUUCUACCGUGUGUCGCUGAUAAAGCAGUCUGCUCAACUCACUGCGUUGGCAGCCCAACAGCAGGCUGCAGAGAAGCGCCAAGAAGAGAAGACUGAAGACACCGCAGAUGGAGACAUGCCAGAAACCAUCAGACCGAAAACCCCUCCCACUACCAUCAACGCCAAGCCAAAGUCAAAUGAGGAUGAAGAAGAGAUCAUUUCUACCAGCCCAGGAGUGUCUGAGUUUGUGAGUGAUGCCUUUGAUGCAUGCAACAUUGACCAGGAGGACCUGAGGAAAGAGAUGGAGCAACUUGUGCUGGACAAGAAGGAUGAGGCGGCUCCUCAGGAUGAGGAGACUGCUGAUUGGGAACGCGAGCUCCAACAGGAGCUCCAAGAAUACGAGGUGGUAGCUGACGCCGAGAACAGAGAUGACAACUGGGACAAGGAGAUCGAGGAGAUGCUGCAGGCGGAUGAGUAAGCUAGAGGCAAUAUUCUCUCAUUGCCCUGCUGUGGGAGAAAGUCAUGACGGACCAGAUGAAUCAGCCAUUUCCAACUCUGAAGAAACUUCCGGAAGACCAUUUCACUGAGGUCGCUGGCUUUCGAAAAAAGCCAUUCUUAGCCCUGUUGAGAAUAUGAAAGGAGAAUGAUACAUUCAUGUUUUGGAAAAGCUUAACAUAUGAAGGAGGUCUGUAAGGUUAUUUUGUUCCAGAGCUGAACAGUCCUGAAAAGAAAAAAACCCUCUGUCAGUGUGUGAAGGUUCAUGGAGAUAGAUGUCCGAUGUGCAGUGCCAAACUGCUAUUGUAAACUGACAAUAUUAGGAAUCUGUUAGCAGAUUUGAAAGUUACCUUUUACUGUACAUUCAUCUCUCUUAGAAGAGAAAAUUAUGUAGUUUUAUUUUCCAGCCCCCGUCUCGUCUCGUUGUGCAAUCUGCAGGGAUGUUUAUUCUUGAGACGUUUAUUUAGUGAUUGUAAUGUUGAAGACACAAAUUUGUUGUAAACCUUCUGUGCUUUUGUGUUUUCAGAUUCACACAUCUCAGCAGCACCACUUAAGAUCAGACUUGUUGAAGUCAACCAACAUUGAUUAGCAUAUGCAGUGGUGUGGUCUGUUUGUCUUCAGGUGGUACUUCUGGACAUGAAUUUACUUUGGCUAAGCACACUAAAAUGAGUUGGAGGAUGUAUUAUUAUUACAGCCAAUGGGUCUUUCCAUCAAUCGUGGGACCUUUUAGUGUCUUUCUCUUUGUAAUGCGGAUACUGUAUCAUUUGGUAAUGGCAUACUCAUGUUUAAAUUUAAAGAGUUGCAUCUUCAGUCGGAUUGAGUGGGAUGUUUUUAUUACUUUGUGCUCUUAUUAAAUCAUCGGUCUUUUAAAGGUUUAUGUAUAUUAUUUCUCUAGUCGAGUAUCUAAAUGGACAUUCUUGACAUAUUGCAAAAUGUUAAAAUGUAAUGAAAUGGAUUAGAAAGAAACUUAAUAGAAUUCCCUUCUAUAAGAAGACUUAUAAGAUAAGAUCACACCCUUAUUAGUAGAGACUAUGUUACCUAUGGAACACAUUUUCAUAUAUUGUUUGACCAAGCUGAUGCUUGUUUUACUUUACAAUGCUGUUAGCUAUGCUACUGUUAAACAAAAUAAAGACAUUGCCUUUCAGCA